AUGACUGCAGAGGUUCUCGGCGUCGCCAUCGCCAACGAUACCACCACCACCGCCGCCAGCAGCAGCAGCAGCAGCAGCAGCACCACCACCACCACCUCCUCCUCCUCCUGUCGCGAUCGUCGUCGCUGUCUUGGCAGUCAUACAGAUAGGAGCUACGACAAAUAUGGCUGUCAUACUCAAUGUUGCUCUGUGAUUCCACAACUUUUUUGCUUGUCGUGGUACUAUUGGCUCAAAGAUUUGCAGAAGCAUUUGCAGAAGCUUGCUUCCUUGCAUCAACCGGACCCAUCAGGCAGGACCCUGGCUCGACUUUUAACACAAAGGACAGGAGUCACAAUGCUGGCCACUGUAAAAAACACUUUUCUGCACUGGUACGAUGCUGACCAGUCAGCCCCACGCCGAUCUCGCUCGGCAGAUGUGCAGAGAACCCCGACGACAGACCUGUCUGACUACCAGGAUUGUGUGCAGAAGCUGAACAAGAUCGCGGCGGCGCCGGUGAGCCCCAAAGAGCUGUUGGCGCCGCCUUCUGAGUCGCCUGCAGCGCCAUCUGUGGAGGAGCUGCGUACCUUGCAGCGCAAGAUUGCCGAGUGUGCAGGUUUCCCGUCGAAAGACUCUUCGCAGGGACUCUCCUCAAAGCGUAUCCUUUCGAGCAGCUCCGUGAGCACCAUGGCUUCGGAGAGCGAGGACUACUCAAUCUCCACCAAGGUGAACCCGAUGCGUAAGGACUUCUCGAGUGGCUCGGUGAGCUCAAUGUGCUCGGAGCUCUGGGCAGACUGCCAAGACGACGGAGGCAUGGCAACGAUCGAGAUCGGCCCCAUCAUCGAGGAGGAGGAGCGUGACAAUCCGCGGGUGGCUGCUGCCAAGGAUGGCAGCAAGGCCGAGUUCACCCACAACCAGGUUCCCAAAACCGUGAAUCUGGCUGCAGAAUUCUCCAAAACGCCACUUCGAGCCCCUCCAACAACCAUGAUGAUUCGUAACAUCCCCAACCGCUACACACAACGGGAGUUCGUGCGCGAGUUGGAUGGGCUUGGCUUUGCGGGAACAUACGACUUCCUGUACCUGCCCAUUGACAAGGGCACCCUGUGCAAUGUUGGCUAUGCUUUUGUGAACUUCUUGGAGCCGAUCUCCGCCCAGCGCUGUAUGGAGGUCUUCCACAACUACAUCUUCCAGCGCUACCGCAAGGUGCGUGGCAAGAUCGCAGCUGUGUCCAUCGCCCACAUCCAGGGUCUCGAAGCCAACAUGCGCCACUACGAGAACUCGGCCGUGAACAUGGCCCCACGCAUCAAGCAGCAGCGCGGUCCACUCAUCAUCCCGCGCGGAAGCACGGGAA